GUAAGAGAUUGAUGCCAAUAGUUAAAACUAUAUUGUUUUGUGCUCGACAUAAUAUUCCAUUACGUGGACACCGGGAAAUGGGUUCCGUGGCAUCAGAUGAUGUCAGAGACAUUUGUUUAAAUGGUGAGCAAGGAGUGUUUCGUGGUCUUCUUUCUUUUAGAAUUGAAUGUGGUGAUAUUGAUUUAUUGAAUCAUUUGGAAACAGCAUCUAAAAACUGUACAAUGAUAAGUCCUCAGAUUCAAAAUGAAGUAAUUGAAGCUAUUGGCAGUGCAAUUGAAAAAAAAAUUGUUGAAAGAAUUAAAUCUUCAAAGUUUUAUUCUAUUUUGUGUGACGAAACCACCGAUAUAAGUACAGAAGAACAAAUGACCGUAUGUAUUCGAUAUGUAGAUUUAACAAAUUGUGUCAUUCAAGAGGACUUUUUGGGUUUUGUCAAAAUGACUUCUACUACGGGAGCUUCAAUCAAAAACGCUAUUAAACAAAAGUUACAAGAACUAGGUCUUAGCUUAGAUAAUCUCAGAGGUAAAGGCUAUGAUGGUGGAUCGAACAUGGCAGGCAAAAACAAUGGUGUUCAGGCUCUACUUUUAAAUGAACAGCCAUUAGCAUUUUAUACACAUUGUUUCAGUCAUUCACUUAAUUUAUGUAUAAGUAAAGCGUGCGAAGUGUCUUCAAUAAAACAAAUGAUGGGAAUUAUUGGUGCUGUUGCAUCUUUUUUCCCUGCUUCUGCAAAAAGAGCAGACAAAUUAAAAUCUAUUAUAGAAUCAGAAAUUCCAAAUACAGAAUCCAACAAACAGAGAAAGACUAAACUUAAAACAUUGUGCGAGGCGCGUUGGGUUGAACGCCAUGACUCCUUGAUGACAUUUAAAGAAUUGUAUAUUUUUAUACUUAAUGCACUUGAAGAACUACAACAUGAUACAAACACUGAAACCUCAAGUAAAGCAUUACUGUACUUAAUUUCUAUAACUAAAAGUGAAUUUCUAGUGGCUAUUGAUGUUGCGGUGCUUUGCCUUGCUUAUACAUUACAACUUAGUGUUGCUUUAUAAUCUAUGCAACUAGACUUAUC